AUGGAAGAACAUCAGAAUGAACCAAAACGUAAAAAGCAAAAAAGGAGCAUUGGAAUCGCCUAUUUACCUACCGAGAUAAUUGACCUUAUCGUUUAUUAUAUACCUGACGAUUAUUUGGAAAGAUAUGUCGACAUUCCAAUAUUGGGAUACCAUGCAAUUAAAAAGCUUUAUCGUUGUAUUGCAAUCGUAUCUUCGUACUCACAGUAUCGUGACGGAUUCUCUCCUGAACCAAAAGAAUUCAAAUACAUCACGACAACGGAAGAAGUCGAACAUAACGUCCUACGUGAAUCUCUAGACAAAUUUAGUGGUCUUCACAUCAAAGAUCGUAAACGUUUAACAGUUAAUGAAUUUAUCCAAUUGAUCAAGAAAUUCCCCGGGUUCACACCCGAGCUUCUUGAAUUCUCCGGAAUGGAGCGCUUUAUUUGGUUGCACAAACGCUAUCCUCAUAUACUCAAACGAUUGCCGAGAAUAGCUCUUUCAUUUUUAUUAGACGACAAACGUGUACCAAAGCCAGUUAUAUUUGAUCAAUACAAUAUUUACCUGGUGUCGGAUCUCCCCGGAGUGAUUCUACCGGAUACAUCGAUAUUAUCCAAAAUCUCCAGUCUACGCACCCAUAAUCUUCCAGAACUCGUCGAUAAAACAUGGGGAGAGAACCUCCAAGAGCUUAGAUGCAAAGGCAUUGCUGAAUUUGAUGUAUUGUUUCCCAAUUUGAAAAAAUUAAUUUUGCAUCAUUUUGUUGACUUACACGAGACCGGCUUGCCACGUUUGCCGUCAACCUUACAGCUCUUGCAAAUAACUGUAUGUUCAAUUGACCAAUUGGAUCUUUCCUAUUUGGAAAGUUUGCGAGUAUUUGUUGCUGAUUGCAUGUCGGGAGUGGAUAGAUUGAGCCGAUUCAAAUUUCCUCGUGGAAUUGAAAGGAUAAUGCUAUCAGGUAGUGAUCAUACGACUGAGGUGGCAAAUUUGGAAAGUAUAGAAUCAUAUCCUAACUUGAAAGAAUUUAAGAUUACUGUUGAUAUGGAUGAAGAAACGGAAGUGUUGGCCUUUUCCGAAUCUACGACCUUUCCCGAAAGCUUACAAAAGCUCGAUUUGUUCGUGCAUGAGUCAACAGUGGAAGAUCUUAGUCCUAGGCCAUUGGUGGAAAUUGACGAAAAAUUUCGAUUUCCUGCCGAUUUGAAAGUCCUUCAAGUCGCUGCUUCUAAGGCGCUGUAUAAUCUUGAUGAAUGGACAUUGCCACCUUCAUUAAUGGGUUUGGUCGUUUGGAGGUUCUUUCCCGUGGAAUAUGAAACAGAUAAUAAAUAUGAAUCGGAAAAAGUCUGGUGGGAAUCCCUAUUUCUGGAUUCUCUCAUUGAGAUCAGACUUUCCAUUCCUGUAUUGAAUAGAAUAAGUGCACCGUUUCCGAAAUCGGUGCGUAGUUUGGAUCUACAGUCCCUUAAUCCAAUAGAAUCGAUGGAUUUUUCUGAAUUGGAAAACUUAUAUCAACUUAGAAUUAGAUGCGAUAGGAUGAAUAACUUUGUAUGUAAGUUACCAUCUAAUUUGAAGACCUUAGACUUAUCAAAUAAUGUAUUACUAAGCAAAGUCAUCAUUGAAGCACCAAGUUUGACCAACUUAGAAUUAACAAAUACACUGUUAGAAUGGAUUAUUAGCUCCAACUUUCAAAUACCUAAUUCUGUCGAAGUGCUUUCAUUAACAGUCCCAGAACUGGAACCAGAUGGGUCGCGUCGACCAUGUAAACUUGUCAAAAUCGAACCAAAUAUUCUUCCGACACUGUUGAGGGAAUUAUAUUUAAGGAAGUCUGCUAUCGCGUGUGAUUUUUUACACGAUUUGCAAUUACACAACUGUAAGAAUCUCGUGAAAUUGGAUUUGCUGGGAAAUAAGAUAUAUCACUUGCAAGAAAACCAACUUCCAUUAUCAUUAGAAUGGAUAUCCCUUGAUGGAAAUCCGAUUUCCCUGUUUUGUUCUCCUGAAGUUUUUACACCUUUAACCAAAUUGCGCCAUUUGAGCAUGGCUUCUACUAAGAUCAAUGAAUAUCUCCAAUCAGAAAGCGGACGGUUAUUAAAAUUUCCUUCAUCAUUGCUUAGUCUAGAUCUUUCUGACAAUAAUCUACAACCGGGCAUGGGUAACGGUUUAAUAGUUCUGGACUGCGUUCGAUUACAGGAGUUCUGCUUGGUUGGAAACAAAGACUUGGAGGAUGUACAAGCUAUUGUAAAUGUGAUUAAAGCACGGUGUCCAAAUAUGGUUGAAUUGUUGUUGGACAGCCUGCUACGAGAGCAUGUCAAUGAGAAGGGGAUAAGAUUUUUAUCGUACUAUUCUGAACCUAUCUUUUCAUUAUACUGCGGCCCCAGCUUUUUGUAG